AUGUUACGUAAUUAAAUUGUGCAGAUGGGGUUCAUUGAUAUUGAUAAUAGUUAAAAUUAAUAAAUCAUCAAUUAAAAUUUAACGCAUAUGUAUGUUCAAGAAUUUUUUAGAGCUAAGUAAAACGUAAAUUGAUAAUUAUUAUAUCCAAUUAAAACAGUCAAAAGUUUAAUUUUUCAAACACUGAAAUUCUCUGCUAUUCUUACUGCAUUAUUAUGUUAGCUUCAAAUUUGAUACUUGAUAUCACGUGAGAGUGGGUUGGCCUUUUCUUAUCGCAAAAAUUAUAUAUUUAAAGAACAUCAUUGGCAAAAUAUGGCUCUUGUUUGUCAAUUGUGAAUCCAAGCGCACAUUUUGCAGCGAUAUUCAGCCAUCUCAAAAUGACAUCGGAGCCUAUAAUCUUCAAAUCUCCUUUGGAGCGAGAUCCUAGCAAUUUACCGGAAUGCCCAAUUUUCGACUUUUUGCUAAAACGAAUAAAGGACCAAGGAGUCGACAAAACGAACCGGCCUUGGGUGGUGGACACCACCACAGGUGCGAAGGUCUACUUCAAGGACAUAGAAACGGACUCGAAGCGAGUUGCAAGCGCCUUGACGCGACUGGGAUUUGGACACAGAGAUUUUCUGUAUUUCGUGACUUAUGAGACAGCCGUCCUAUAUUUGGUCCAACUUGGCGUGUGGAGACUUGGUGGAGGCGUGCGCGGCAGUUUCCAAACGGAGACUCCAGAGGAGUUUGCUCGCCAGUUGAGGGAGACGCAAGCUCGGUUCAUUUUGGUGGACAAGGAAACGUUUCCUGUCAUUAAGAAAACGAUUCAACUGCUAACAUGGGAAGUAAAGCUGAUUUCCUUCGACGACGUUGGCGAAGCAGACGUAACACUCGUAAAUUCACUUUUGGAGGAUGAUGGAUCUGCAAUGCCUGAGAAAGUAGACAUCAAGCCAAAGGAGGACGUAAUUUGCGCACCGAACACUAGCGCCAGCACCGGCCUGCCAAAGGGCGUUUGCCACACUCACUUUAGCUUGACAUCCUUGGCAUUUGAUCCAGAGGCCAUCGACGUGUUCAGAUUGUCUUUCAUGACCCCGGCUAGCAACUACGCCAUUGGCAGCUAUAUGGCCACCUGCUGCUCCAUCUCCUACGGCACCACGAUCUUCCAACUUGGAAAAUUCCAAAAGGAAAAAUUCCUCGAUUUAUUGACCGAACACAGACCUGCUAACACGCUGAUGUACCCGUUCGUUUGCAACUGGUUUGCGCGUUGUGAUGAAUUGGAUCAGUACGAUCUGAGUUUCCUGGAAAGCAUUACUAUAGCUGGAGCUGUCCUGGACGCAACCACCACAGAGCUGAUGGCCAAAAGACUGCCGCACGUCGAGAUAAUCCAACUGUACGGCAUGACAGAGUUGAUAAACGUUACCAACACAAGAAUCGAAACUCCAAAUAAUAAGCUGUCGAAAGAGAAAAUAAUCAUGAGAGAGAACCAAGGAGAAAUGUGCGUCUCUUCUGGAAAACUGGUGCCAUAUGUGGUUGCCCGAGUUGUCGACGUUGAUACCGGGGAAUUUCAGGGGCCCAAUAAGAGGGGCGAGAUAUGCGUCAAAUCUCCAAUGACGAUGAAAGGUUACCUUCGCGAAGGCUGCAACGAGCCUGUGAUGGAUGAUUUCACCGACGAUGGUUAUUACAAAACUGGAGACAUCGGAUUUUUUGACGAAGACUCCAACAUCUACGUUGUGGAGAGAACCAAAUUCCUUUUCAAGUACCAAGUGUGGUCGGUCUCCCCAACUGAAAUUGAGUCAGUAAUUAAACAACACCCUGGCGUGCUGGAAGUUGGAGUCAUUGAUAUUCCUGACUUAGCAAACUCGAACGUGGCGAAAGCUUUUGUGCGAAAGAAGCCGAACGCCACGUGCACUGCUGAAGAACUCAUCAAAUUUGUCGCCGAUCGUCUCAUCGAACGCAAACAAUUGCACGGCGGAGUGGUGUUUGUGGAUAAAUUACCUGAGAGCAAGGGGAACAAACUGGACAGAAUUGCGCUUAAGAAGCUUGAGAAGGGUGGACAAUAACAAACGUUCAUUUGACUAUUUAGCUUUUAUUUCUGAUUGUGAAAUUGAUUUUUAAAAAAGAAAAUGAUAUAUAUGUAUAUUAUCAGGCAACAAUCGUUUGAAUCUAUUCAAUAUUUAAAAGCGUGUCACGUAUUUUUGUCUAAUCGAAAAGUAAUAAAGAUAUAGCAUAUUAAGUAAUAA